AUGAAAUUAUUAUUUUCUUUAAUUUUAAUUUUUACUAUUGCAUUUAAUGGUGCAUAUUCAACCAAAACAUUUUCACCACCAAGUAUUAAUAUCAAUUCAGAAAAUGAAUCAUGUUUUGGUUCAUCCUUUGUCGGUUUUACCACUAGUUAUAUCACUAGUUGUGUUAAUGCAUUUUUACCAGGAAAUAAUGGUCAAGCUCCAGAGCAACAUAUUUUCUAUGAAACUGGUUUAGUUUCUUAUGAUUUCCAUAAUCAACUUUUCUAUAAUAGUUUUGUUGAAAAUGAUAUCAACACUAAUACUACCUCAUAUGGUUAUUCUUGGAUAUUCGGUAAAAAUAACACUGAAUAUUAUCUUCCACAAGAUAAGGCAAUUUGUUAUAUUGUUGACCAAGAAGCAACUCUUCCAUCAAAAUUACCAAGUUUAUCACCAGCUGGUAGUUCAGAAAUUGGUGUCACUCCAGUCUCUGUUAUUUCAAUUAAUGAUCCAGAAAUGUCACUAUAUACCUCUGAAACUAUUUUAGUCACCAGUGAUUGCACACCAAUGAUUUAUAGUGUAGGUAAUUUAAUAUUCGGACCAGAUGGUAAUUCCUUAACCAAUUUCUUCUACUAUGCUCCAUCUCCAUCACAAGACUAUUUCCAACUUCCAGCAAUCUGUGAUGAUGCAACACCAAUUGAAUCUUCAAAAUUAUCAAAAACAUCAAGAUCAAUUUUAAAUAAAUUCAAAUAA